AUGGACAGAGAAACGACAAUGGCCAGCUCGGGCAGACCUGAAACGGCAUGGAGGGCCAACAAGAGGGCCAACAAUGGGCAAUUUCUCGCUGAGAUCGACUCAAAACCUAAGUCCGAGGCAGGGGGACAAAAGGAUGCCAUCUCCCGCAAGAGAGGUAGAGUCAAAGUCGACGUCGAGCAAUACUUUCGUAACGAAAUCACAAAAACACCAACAAGUGAGGUCUGGAAAAUGGAGAACAAAAAGCGGCGGAUCGGGAACGACCAGGGUUUAUCGUUGAUGGAGAAACUUGAUAAACAACUGGAAAAGAUGCCCAUCAUUGAGAAGAAACUGGCGGAGCAGUUCAAGCAACUGGCGGAGCAUAAGGAAUUGGCUGAGACUCGGAACAGGCCGCACUGGCAAGUUCGCGUUGCUGAGCUAGAGAGACUCAUAACAACACCCAAUGCUGAAACCCGCUUUAAUCGAAAUGCGAUUGUCCAUGGUGCAGACGUUUUCAACGACUAUGAAGCCCUGAAGAAUAUAGAUCGGUCCAAUAACCUUGCCCAAUUCAACGCCGCAUCGCAAGGAUUUUUCAAGGCCUAUGGGUUCCAGUGGGACUCUCUUAGUUACGACAAGCUUCGUCUAGUUCUCAACAUGUCUACACGAGAUGCCUACCCCACGAUUCUCAAACGUUUGAAAGAUAAUGGUGCAAGAUUGAUUGACAGUGGUUGUUUUCUCGGCAGCGAUUUGCGGCGUCUCGCAUUUGAUGGUGCGCCCACAGAGAAUCUGUACGGAGCCGACAUUGUCAGUCACUGGGAGGUGGGAUUUGUGCUUUACCGAGACGAGGAUAAGUUUAAAACGCAUUUCAUCGAAGCCGACAUGCUCUCAAUCAACAAAGAUGAUGAUGCUGGCAGUGGUGAAGCCACAUCUUUGCAAGCCCUCCGGGAUACAGCAGAAAUCGUCUCGAUUUCAGCGGUGCUUCACCAAGGGGACUGGGACGACCAAGUAAAAUUUGCGAAAAAGGUGGCUGCUUUAACGAAGGGACCGGAUUCUUUGGUAGUUGGUCAUCAGAUUGGCAAUGUAGAAGCCAAGCAGAUAUGGGAUAAAGCGCUGCAAUUACAUCAUUGGAGAUAUACGCCAGAGUCUUUUGCGAAAUUGUGGGAUCAGGUUGGCGCAGAAACGGAUACCGCGUGGAAGACGAAGGGUAAGUUGUUGUCUUUCGAGAAAAUGGGCUGGGAUCCUGAGGAUAACAGGUGGAUGGAGCCUGGAGAUAAGGUGCACAAUUUCGUUGUUACUCGAUUGAAGUAG